GAAUGAGAGGCCUCGAUUUGAUUAGUUGAAGUUAGAAACUUUGAUGAAAUCGAGUGAUGUUGUUUCUUUGAAGGAUCAGUUGAAGAAGAAAAUGCAAGAAAACAAUUACCAAGGGAAAUUACAUAGUGAUUCUAAUGUUAACUCGGUUAAUGGUGAUAAUAGUUCUGUUAAUAAGCAAAAUCGUGAGAAGGAGAUUGCUAGUUCUCUGAAUCCUUUGCCGAAACCUAAGGCUACUCGUACAGAUAAUGAUUGGACUGAACUCCUUGGAACGCCUAGUCAGGGAAGAAGCUCCUCAAGAAAGCAGAAUAAUGGGGUGUCUACGAUUCAUGGGUUGAGGAAAGAUGGUAAAAGGUCAGACAUUGCGUUGAGAGCUAAGUUAAUUGGGAGGCCAAGUGACAGUGAAGAGUCUAGCUCUUCAGGGUGGCCCUCGAGUGUUGAUAUGCAGAAUGAUGGCAAGAACUCAGAAGGGCUAUUGUUAGAUCAGGUCUUAGGCACAAACUUUCCAGCAGAAAGAAAAUAUGAGAUGGAUAGUGAAAAUGGUACAUCAAAUUCUGAAGACCUUUUAUUGGAGGGUCCAUCACAGUCCCUAAACAAGAAUUGCUCUUUGGAAACCCUGGUGCUAUUGAGGAAAGUUGCUGGAGCAUCUGAUAGGAAGAUGGAGUUGGUGGAUGCGCAGGAUAAGCGAAGAAGUACCAUAAGGGAGAAACCCAAGUCAAAUGUUGCAGUCACUACUGCAACUGCUAAUGAUUUAAAAAGAAGCUCUUCUUUUACAAGUGAUGUAAGCUUUGCUUCAGAUUUUGAUUCUGAUUCAACCUCUGACUCAGAAAGUGAGUGUGAGGAGGAGGAAAGGAGGAGGAGAAGGGAAAUGCUUUUGGCUGAAAAAGCAGUAGCUAAAGCUGUGGCGGCCAUCAAAGAACGUGAGAAUAUUGUUGCCAGAUUGGAAGGAAAAAAGCAAAGUUUAGAGAAAAUACUUGAGGAAUGAGCCAAGCAACAGGCUUCAUAGCUGCAGACAACUGUGAUGGAAAUGAUGGAAGCCAUUGAAUUAGAGAAGUAGUAACAUAAUAAUACUAGAAUGGAAGCCCUACAAUGAUUAGUUAAACUAAAGAUUAAUCAAGUAGCAGAACUCUGGCAACAAAUUUUGUCCAAAGAAAUAGCACAUGAAGAACUGAGAAUGAGGAUCUCUAGUUCCAGUACUCAUCAACCUGGAACUUAUCAAAACCAAUUAGCAGCUUCAAAGGGUGUUGAGUUUGAACAUGAAAUCCUUGAGGUUGAGUACUCUCUCAUCUGAUAAGAUUGGAAAAUUGCAGCAGAAGACAAAACAGCUGGAGUCUAAUAUUGAACUUACAAGGAAAAAGAUAGAGGAACCAACAGAAGUAGAAGUUGAACUCAAGCGGAGGCUUGGACACCUGACUGAUCAUUUAAUUCAGAAACAAGCUCAGGUCUAGGGAAGAUAUAGAGGUGUUCCAGCUCUUUGCAGAUUUCAGAAACCAAGAGGAACCCAAGAGAGGCAAGAAAGAUCAAGAUCAAAAGAUAGAGUGACGAAGCCAAACUCAGAUCUUGUCGGGUUUGUUGGAUCUAGUCAGAUCCAUACCACUGACCAAUUCUUCAUUGGCUAUAGAACCUCACACUUGGAAGAGGGUCAUCAUUAAUGUAUCUUAUCUUUUGAGCUUGGGAGCUUUGUUAAACACACAAUAAAUUAGUUUUUCAUGUAUCACUUUUUACUUCUCCAGUGUUGCUACUUUUGUAGUCCUUAACAGUGGAAGUGUCUAAUUGUU